AUGGCAGGUCUCGGUACCGGUCCUAAAUCAGCUGCUAUCCAGAUACGUGCCCCUAGUAAUCUGGAUGAGGGGGGUGGUAGUAACAACAAGGGGAGGGACAGUCCAGCUGCGGGUGAAAAGAAGAGGGAAACUCCCCAGAGGAUAUGUAGGAACGUAAUGGUAUAUGGGUAUUGCAAGUUCCAGGAUUCAGGUUGUGUAUACUAUCAUCCACCGCCUGGAACGGAUCUCAAUGCACCUUCUACACCAUUGACUGGGAGCCCAGCAAUGACAAACCCAGCACCCUUGUCGAAAGAACUCACACCCAGUACCAAAUCAUUCUCAGGGCUGGGAGCAGAACAUCUCUCAGCACCUGUGUUCGUACCCAAAACGCCUAUAGGAGAGAACCCUUCGCCUAGAGCGACCACACCAUCAUUACAACCUUCCACCCUCACUCAGAAUGCUUCGCCCCUCCCUCCAUCUAUGUCAGUUCCUCCUCCUUCAGCUCCCGCUCCCAGUUGGCCUUCACUAGGAAACCAAGGUGGGAUCCUACCGAGACAGGAUAACUCGAUGUCAUUCGAUGAUUCGAUGAUUUCCAUGGACCCUUCGCAGACUAGUGCUUUAGAUGGAAGUAUGUUCAUGCAUCAUCAAUCCGUACGGCAGCCUCUCGACCAUCACCUCUACGUCUCACCAUUACCUCAUAUCUCUAACCCACCUAUCUCUCACCAUCCUCUACAUUCGUUCUUCAUCCCCGAUGAUCUACGUAGGACACUACAAUCCAAACAUGACGUGACUUAUCAAGGUCUUCAAGCGGGUUCUGGACCGGGUCUACCAUCUGAAUUGGGUAUAUACCAUUCUUUAAGGGUUAUUGAAAAUACCAAUAUCCCUCAACAGCAAAAUCAAAGUACGAACCAGAAUCAAAACCAACCGUCAAAAGUUUAUAUACAUCCUGCACCGGUUUAUAAAGCGGUGAGCAGCGUUGAUGGGAAUGUAUAUACUUUAAGGAGGAUAGAGGGUUACAAACUAGUCAACGAAAAUGCCUUUGGCGCGAUAGACACUUGGAGAAGGAUGAGACAUCCAAAUAUUGUUGGGUUGAGGGAAGCGUUCACCACCAAGGCGUUCAACGAUAACUCCCUGAUACUGGUAUACGACUAUCACCCUCUCUCCACGACGAUAUGGGAGGAACAUCUUAUACCCAACCAACCUAACCAGUCUGGUGGAACAGGAGGUGGAAGGGGUAGGACCGGUCUGCCAAUCCAAGAAAGGGUCUUGUGGUCCUACAUUACCCAAAUUGCCAAUGCACUCAAAGCGAUUCAUUCGUCUGGAUUAGCAGCUAGGAAUUUGGACCCAUCGAAGAUAUUGAUAACGAAUAAGAAUAGGAUAAGGUUGAAUGGGUGUGGGGUAUGGGACGUUUUGGCACAUGAUCCGAAUACCCAUGUUGGCGUGUUUCAGCAAGAAGACCUAGUCUCAUUUGGUAAAUUGAUCAUCUCCCUUUGCUGCGAUUUCUUCCAACCUGGUCAACAUCCUGCACUCCCACUCGAUCAUAUUCAACGUAAUUAUUCGCCCGACGUGAAGACCUUGGUGAUGUUCUUGAUCUCGAAACCUUCACCUAUGAAAUCUGUUGAUGAAGCUAUUAAGAUUAUGGGUCCUAGGAUAUUGAAUGAGCUGGAUGCUAUGCAGAACUACGCCGAUACGCUCGAAUCUGAUCUUGGAGCGGAGAUGGAGAACGGACGAAUAGUUAGGUUAUUAUCGAAAUUGGGAUUCAUCAACGAACGAGCAGAAUUCGAAUUGGAUCCAAGAUGGUCAGAUACGGGUGAUCGAUAUAUUCUCAAACUAUUCAGAGAUUACGUUUUUCAUUCGGUUGGGGUCGAUGGGAAACCUAUCUUGGAUUUAUCGCAUGUUUUGACAUGUCUCAACAAGCUCGAUGCAGGUUUAGAUGAACGUAUAAUGUUAGUCUCACGAGAUGAUCAGAGUUGUCUGGUGGUCAGUUAUAGAGAGAUCAGACAUUGUAUUGAAGCUGCUUUCAACGAGUUGAGGAAUGCAGGUAAUUCUCAUAGGAUACAUCGGUGA